GGAGAUUUGGGCAUGGGGAGGAAAGCAGGCAGGAGGGUGAUGAGGACAACAGGAGUGGGAAGAAGGGAGAGGACGGCUGGGUAACUAGGACUGGGGCUGAUUUUAAGGAGAGUGGGAAAGUCUUGAGGGGUUUCUCUAAACCCAUAGGGGGAGCCGGAAUCGGCUGCCGGAGGUGCGGGGGCGGAGAAAGGGUGGGGACCGGCCCCGUGGGGGGCGAUGCGGUAGCUGCAGCGGCGGCCGCAGGAGUUUCCCACAAUGCAGCGCGGCGCGCUGUCCCCGGUGCUGAUGCUCAGCGCUGCCCCGGAGCCUCCGCCGCGCCCGCCUCCUGCCCUCUCCCCUCCGGGUCCGGGCCCCUGCCAUGGCUCGGCUCGGCCCGGUCCUGCCUCAGAGCCGUCGGGAGGCCUGGGGGCGGCGCUCGACAGCAGCUUGCGGGCCGCUGUGGCGUUCAAGGCGGAGGGCCAGCGCUGCUACCGGGAGAAGAAGUUCCGGGAAGCCAUCGGCAAGUAUCAUCGGGCACUGCUGCAGCUGAAGGCGGCGCAGGGAGCCCGCCCUGGGGGCCUGCCCGCUCCCGCCCCUGGGCCCGCCAGCAGCCCGGGGCCAGCCCGCCUCAGUGAGGAGCAGCGGCGCCUGGUGGAGAACACGGAGGUGGAAUGUUAUGACUCUCUCACGGCCUGCCUGCUGCAGUCGGAGCUGGUGAACUAUGAGCGGGUUCGCGAGUACUGCCUCAAGGUGCUGGAGAAGCAGCAGGGCAACUUCAAGGCCACCUACCGCGCCGGCAUUGCUUUCUACCACCUGGGUGACUAUGCGCGCGCGCUGCGCUAUCUGCAGGAAGCCCGCAGCCGGGAGCCCACAGACACCAAUGUCCUCCGCUACAUCCAGCUGACUCAGCUGAAGAUGAACCGUUGCAGCCUCCAGCGGGAAGACAGUGGGGCUGGGGCUGGGACUCGGGAUGUCGUUGGCUGAGGCCGACCUAGGGGAACUGUCCCUAGCCCCCCUUCACAAUGUAACUUCCCUGACUCAUGCUCACUGGUAAAGCACUUGUCACUGGUGACCAUAACUUCUUUGUGUGGUGUUCUUGUGGGACCAAGGGAGGGGACAAGGCCUGGGCUUCACUUCCCGGAUCCCAGAAACCUAGAGAGGCCAAAGGAGGAAGCAUGGGGUGGAGGGGUGCCCUACUGGGGAUGACCUGGG